UCUUCUUCUUCUUCUUCUUCUUCUUCUUCUUCUUCUUCGUCUUCUUCUUCUUCGUCUUCUUCGUCUUCUUUUUCUUCGUCUUCUUUGUCUUCUUUUUCUUCGUCUUCUUCGUCUUCUUCUUCGUCUUCUUCUUCUUCUUCUUCUUCUUCUUCUUCUUCUUCUUCUUCUUCUUCUUCUUCUUCUUCUUCUUCUUCUUCUUCUUCUUCUUCUUCUUCUUCUUCUUCUUCUUCUUCUUCUUCUUCUUCUUCUUCUUCUUCUUCUUCUUCUUCUUCUUCGUUUUCUUCGUCUUCUUCUUCUUCUUCGUCUUCUUCUUCUUCUUCGUCUUCUUCUUCUUCUUCUUCUUCUUCUUCUUCUUCUUCUUCUUCUUCGUUUUCUUCGUCUUCUUCGUCUUCUUCGUCUUCUUCAUCUGCUUCUUCUUUUUCUUCGUCUUCUGCGUCUUCUUCGUCUUUUUCAUCUUCGUCUUCUUCGUCUUUUUCAUCUUCGUCUUCUUCGUCUUUUUCAUCUUCGUCUUCUUCGUCUUCUUCAUCGUCGUCGAUGUCGUCGUUGUCGUCGGGAAAAAUAGCACCGACAAACAGCCAACUAAAUUUUAUAAAUGCGGCACGGUAA